AUGUUCUCAGCAACAAAGUUAGUUCCUUCUCAGGCCAAAAAGAAAUUACUUCAGCCGUCGCAAACGGUCAGAUACGUCCCACCUGUGGCAAAGGCAGGGCCUAGGCGUAUGCCACACCGAAGCUCACUUUCUGCUUUGAUGAAGAACAACGAGAAAGAUCUCAAAAAGCCCGUGCGACAAGACCAACAACAACAAAAGGACGACGGGACUUAUGUCCAGUUCCUAACAUUGGACAUGUUUGAUAUAGGAAAACCACUUGGGAACGGCAAAUUUGGGAACGUCUAUCUUGUCAAGUACAAGAAGUACAACUAUGUCUGUGCACUCAAAAUAGUAUUUAAGAAGCAACUUGCGAAGUGUGGAAUGGGCCUACAAAUGAAACGUGAGAUCGAGAUGCAGUCGCACUUGAACCACCCCAAUAUUUUGAAGCUGUUAGGGUUUUUCGAAGAUAGCGAACGAUGGUUUUUGGUGCUUGAGUACUGUAAGAACGGCGAGUUGUAUGGCCUAUUGCAGAAGGCUGGGAGAUUUGAGGAGAAACGCGCGGCACGAUAUAUCAAGUCGACAACGGAAGCGUUGAAGUGUUGUUCUGACAACUUUUGUAUUCACAGAGAUUUGAAGCCCGAGAACAUCAUGGUGGACCACAACGACCAAAUCAAGUUGGCUGAUUUUGGAUGGUCAGUAAGGGCUAACACAAAGAGAACAACUUACUGUGGGACUUUGGAUUAUUUGUCGCCAGAAAUUAUUAAUGAGAAGUAUUAUGAUGGAGCGGUCGACAGAUGGUGCCUUGGAGUACUCACCUACGAAUUGUGUGUUGGAGAACCCCCAUUCCAGUCUGGGUCAAAAGAUGCACUUUUCAAUAAGGUCAGAAGCGCGAGGUUUGAGUACCCCAAAUUUUUAUCCAAGGAAUGCAAAGACUUCAUUGGACGUUUAAUUAAAGUCGAGCCGACCGAACGAAUGACAUACGAACAGUGCCUUUCUCACCCUUGGAUUGUCAACAACGUAAAGUGA